AUGGAUUCGUCGGCCCUCAAACUCUCUCUCGCCAUGGCUUCGAUCGAUCGAAUGCUCUUUGCCCUCUCUGCUCUCUCUCUCGUCCAUAUGCCCUUCCGUUGCAUGCUCCUCGUACCCUUUUUCUGUGGCUCGAUUUUGAGGUAUAUGGGUCACAUGAAUCGCCGGUGAGUUGGUGGGGGUGAGAGAGAGGUUUCUGAGGGCCGUGCGCUUGAAUUCGGUGAAUGCAAUGGGCCUGCAGCUGAAUCCCAGUAGGGCAACGGUGAUAAUCGGCGUGAAUGCCGUGAAUGUGCCGUCGGUUUCCGCUUCUGGGUUGCAGCUGAAUCGAACAGGCGGAUGCUUGUCGUCGGGAUGCCGAAGUGGGUUCCUGGGGUGCGAGGGAUUGAAAGCCGCGGUGCAGUUGUGUCCUGCCCAUUUCGGUUCUGCGAAGGGGAAGGGGAAUGGGCACGGGAAAGUGAGGGUUGCGGUGGAUGUGGUUGCCACUGCUGUCACGGACGUCAUAAUGCAGCAGCUCCCUUUCAUUGAUAGUCUCCAGCACGGAAUGCCGGAGUUGUAUAGUAACUUGCCGGACGUUGCAUCGGGUGGAUUGUCAGAGUUGGCGAAUGCUGGCGCUGUGAAGUCGUUGGUGGAGCUCUCCGACUUCGAGAGGUAUCGUGCUGCCGGUGCUUUGGGGAUAGGAUUUAUUUACCUAACAGCAAAGCCGGGAGUCUUAAAAGGAGCAUUCGAUAUGUACAUUGGGGCGCCAGCACAGGCGGCUAUUGAGAAUUUGCGUGGGAGAAGGAGCUGGAAGCGGACGGAUUUUGUGAUUGAUCAAAGACUGGGAGAAGGUUCCUUCGGCACGGUUUACACGGGAGUGAUUCUGCCCAAAGGCGUAAACCCGGAUGAAGAGUUUGGAAGAAGAGGACGGCGUCUGGAAGAGUUUGAGGAUUACAAGAAAUUCAAGAGAGUUAUCUUAAAGAAGGUGAAAGUAGGAGUGGUAGGGGCAGAAGAAUGCGGGGAAAUGGAAGAGUGGUUCAAUUAUCGAAUGACUAGGGCUGCGCCAGACGUGUGUGCUAAGUUCUUGGGCACCUUCACAGCUGACAUCACCAAGGGGCAGUUCACCGCGGGCGGAAAAUGGCUUAUAUGGAUGUAUGAGGGCGAUUCAACGCUUUUGGAUUUUAUGAAGCAACAGAAUUUUCCGCAAAACCUGGAAGUUCCUCUAUUCGGACGAACAUUGAACAAUGACGACGAAAUCAAGCGGAAUUCGCUUAUAAUCACGCAGAUUAUGCGGCAAAUCAUCACCUGCCUCAAGAAAAUGCAUGCAGUAGGCAUCAUUCACAGGGAUGUGAAGCCCUCGAAUGUGGUGGUGACGGACAAGGGCAAAUUGAAAUUCAUUGAUUUUGGAGCAGCAACAGAUCUCCGAGUAGGGAAGAACUAUGUACCGGAUCGAGGCAUUCUCGAUCCGGACUAUUGUCCUCCGGAGCUUUAUGUUCUUCCAGAGGAGACUCCCUUGCCUCCUCCUGCCCCGGUUGCUGCUAUUCUUUCGCCUUUGCUUUGGCAGCUAAACAGUCCAGACUUGUUCGACAUGUACUCCAUCGGCGUAAUUUUCCUCCAAAUGUGUUGCGUGGGACUGCGAACAUCAAUUGGACUGCAGACGUUCAAAAAAGAGAUAGAAUCCGUAGGAUACAACUUGCAAAAGUGGAGGGACAUAACUAAAGUGGCAAGAAUAAACUUCGAUUUGCUGGAUGCGGACGGUGGAAAGGGUUGGGAUUUAGCAACAAAACUAGUAUGUGGACGAAAUGCGUUCAACAGGGGUAGACUGUCGGCUGAAUCUGCUCUGCGCCACCCUUACUUCCUGCUGGGUGGUGAUCAAGCUUCUACUAUCAUCUCCAAAGUCACCUUUUCCAAGUAGAUUACUCACGAUGCACAUAUUCUUCACUCUGUACAAUUAUGCCAAACAUCUUAUAUGCACUGGCCUCUAUUUAGUGUGUGUUGAGGUGACAAUUCUUGUGUAUGCUGAUUUUUGGCUUCACAGUUCACGCUUGAACUGCAUCCUACAAGAAAUGGGAGGCUUUCUCAGCAGCACGUGUGGCUUUUCCCUGCACUGGUAAUAUAUACGCAGCCUUGUCAUUGGGCCAAAGUUGGAAAGCUCAGAGCUAAGUUGAUCA